AUGGAGCUGGUGUGGCUGUACAUGAUGCUGAUCCACGUGCAGCACGUCACUGCCAUGACCUGGCUGUCCCUGGCCAAGCAGACUUCCCUGCAGGCAGUCCUGUGGGACCCCAGGGGCUGUGAUGGCCUGAUGGGGCUGGAGGAAGAGCAGAUCCCUGUUUGCCGGCAGCAGGUGGAAGCCAUGGAGGGGCUGCAGUUCUUCGCCAAGGCCACCAUCCAAGACCGGUGCCAUUUCUUGUCCUGCUGCAGGCACACAGAGUCUGCUGUCACCCACGCCAUCUCCGGCGCCGGCACCGCUCUUGCUGUGGGCCGUGCCUGCAGCCGGGGGAAGCUGCACAAGCGCGGCCGCCACCACAAGGGCCAGGCAGCCACCCCUCAAGGUUUCCAGUGGUCAGGCUGCUCUGGUAACCUGUCCUACGGAUUGCCAUUUUCUCAGGCCUUCGAGGACAGCCCUGAGAGGAGCCGCGGUGUCUCCCCCAGCCAAGAGCCCAUGAAUCUGCACAACAGUGAGCCUGGGAGGAAGGGAAGGGCUCUCCUGGCCCACAUGGAGGAAGAGUGCAAGUGCCACGGCGUGUGGGGCUCCUGCGAGGCGCACACCUGGAAGGUCAUGCCUCCCUUCCGCCACAUGGGCACCAUCCUCAAGGAAAAGUCUGAGGAGACUGCAGAGGUUUACCCGAAGCGGGUCGGUUCCUGCCGGCUCCUGCUGCCCAGGAGCUCUCGCUCCAAGCCCUACAUAGCUCACAGCCUGGUCUACCUGCGGGCCAGCCCGGACUUCUGCGACCGGGACCCUCGGCACAGCAUCUUCGGCACCUCGGGCCGCCAGUGCAAGCGGACCCCGCCACCAUGGAGCUGCUGCGCCGGCAGGGCCUUUGGCACGGCCCGGGCUGAGCUGGCGGAGCGCUGCAGCUGCAAGUUCCGCUGCAUGGGUGACCUGCCUAGGGAUGAGGGAAAGGCUGUGCAUGUUAUCUUCUACCUGGACUUCAGUAAGCCUUUGGCACCAUUUCCCACAGCAUUCUCCUGGAGAAGCUGGCAGCCCACGGCCUGA